AUGACUUUCUAUCGUUUUUUACUAUUUUUCCUUGUGGUAACUAUUCAAUUCCAUCAAACAGAGACUCAAGAUAUUCCUGAUGUUCCGGAACACUAUGUGAUAGCUGAUUACAUUCUUUCCAAGUAUGAUCGAGGAUAUAUUCCUAAAAAGCUACGAAAUGAAUCAAUUCGUAUAUCAUUCUCAAUGGAGCUCUAUCAAAUCAUUCAAGUUAAUGAGCCUCAACAAUAUUUAAUGUUAAAUGCUUGGAUAGUUGAGAGAUGGGUUGACAAUCUACUUGGAUGGGAUCCGGAAGAUUUUUCAAAUUUAACAGAAAUAAUGAUUCCGUUCGAUCGCAUCUGGAUACCGGAUACGACACUUUAUAACUCAUUGGUAAUGGAUGAUUCCAAUUCAAGACGAUUGAUGAACGCCAAGUUGACAACCCGCGGCAAAGAUAAAGGAGCAUUGGUAGAACUUCUAUAUCCAACCAUUUACAAAUUGAGUUGUCUACUUGACUUACGAUUCUUUCCAUUCGACAUGCAGGAAUGUAAGCUGACAUUCGGAAGUUGGACAUUCGAUAACACUCUAAUUGAUUAUUUUCCUCAUAAUGUAUCACAUGCCAUAGGAACUUCAAACUGUAUUGAGAAUGAGGGAUGGAACGUGUUGUCCACAUAUGUGGAACGUCAUGUAAACAAGUAUGAUUGCUGUCCCAAUAACUAUACACUGCUUGAAUUCCAUCUGAGAAUUCAACGUAAACCUUUGUAUUAUAUAAUAAACUUAAUAACUCCAACAUCUAUCAUCACUCUUAUUUCAAUUGUCGGGUUCUUCAGCUCUUCAUCCAUUAAUGAAUUACGAGAAGAAAAGAUUACUCUGGGAAUUACAACAUUACUCUCCAUGUCCAUUCUGAUUUUUAUGGUUUCUGAUAAAAUGCCCUCAACGUCAUCUUUCAUUCCCUUAAUUGGUUGGUUCUAUACGUGUAUGAUUCUACUUAUUUCUUUCUCUACAUUAGCAGCUUCAAUGGUCAUUUAUAUUCAAAAACAAGGUAUUUUGGGUAAACCACCAGCCAAAAAAGUGAUGAUGUGGGCUCGAUGGGUCGCCAAACUGGUUCGAAUGGAAAUGCCUUUGCUUAUGAAGCAGGCGUAUGCUCAGAAAGCUCGAGAAGAAAAGCUGCGGAGAGCUCAAGAUGGUCGCAAGCAAAGCCUUUGGCAAAGAGUAUAUAAGGUUGCAAGAGAACAAGCUAUAGCUCGAAAGCAAUCAUCAUCAUCAGCCAAGAUAAACGGAAUUUCACCUGAUCUUCACAAACUGGAAGUUCCAAACCGAAAAGCUUGUACGAUUAGUCCGGAUGUUUCCAUCUGUCAACCGGCUGAGACACAUCUCGAAUUUUCAAAUAACUCAGACGAUGAAAAUACUUCAUUCACUGAACCAGAAUAUAUUCCUCCACCUCCGGUCUCCAAAUUCCAGGUAAAAAAUAAGCUGAGCAACUCAUGUGCAAGCUUCGAUAGCGUUCUCCGGAAUGUUGACGUUCUCUCACCACGAACGCAACAGAGGAACUUGGCUGAGCUCGAAUUCGACUGGCUGGCAGCAGUAGUUGAACGCAUCUUCUUAAUAAUCUUUUUAAUAAUUUUUGCUCUGACAUCCGUCGGAAUCAACCUAGUAGGACUCUAUUACUGGUGGUUUGCUCUAGAUCACAGUUAUGCUGUUUAA